GGGCCCGGCGGCGGCCCGGGGCCCGGGGCAGGGCGAUCCGCGGGCGCUGCGGAGGGACUGCCAGCACCGGAUUUUUGUCAACCGGAGCCUGGCGUUGGAGAAGAUCAAGUGCUUUGGCUUUGACAUGGACUACACCUUGGCCAUGUACAAGUCCCCUGACUAUGAGGAGCUGGCCUUCACCCUGUUGCUGGAGCACCUUGUCGCCAUUGGGUACCCUCCUGAGAUCCUUGCCUACAAAUAUGAUCCCACCUUCCCCACCCGGGGGCUGGUGUUUGAUGCCCUGUACGGGAACCUGCUGAAGGUGGAUUCCCAUGGGAACCUGCUGGUCUGUGCCCAUGGCUUCCGCUUCCUCAAGGGAGCCGAAAUCCUCCACUAUUACCCCAACAAGUUCAUCCAGAGGGACGACAUGAAGCGCUUCCACAUCCUCAACACUCUCUUCAACCUCACAGAGGCCCACCUCUAUGCCUGUCUCGUGGACUUCUUCACCAACUGCUCCAGAUAUGUCAACUGUGACACCGGCUACAAGCAUGGGAACCUCUUCAUGUCCUUCCGCAGCAUGUUCCAGGAUGUGCGCGAGGCCAUGGACCAUGUCCACCUCUCUGGUUGCCUCAAGGAGAAGACGCUAGAGAACCUGGAAAAAUAUGUGGUGAAGGAUCCCCGUGUCCCACUGCUGCUGAGCCGCAUGAAGGAGGUGGGGAAGAUCUUCCUGGCCACCAACAGUGACUACACCUACACUGAUGCCAUCAUGUCCUACCUGUUUGACUUCAGCAAUGAGGACAAGGCUGACGUCCCACAGCGCCCUUGGAGGUCCUAUUUCGAUCUGAUUGUGGUGGACACCCGCAAGCCCCUCUUCUUUGCUGAGGGCACUGUCCUGCGCCAAGUCGACACGGACACGGGGAAGCUGCGCAUUGGGACAUACACUGGCCCCCUCCAGCACUGUGCUGUCUACUCCGGUGGCUCCUCAGAUGUGGUGUGUGACCUCCUGGGUGUGAAGGGCAAAGACAUCCUCUACAUGGGGGACCACAUCUUCGGGGACAUCCUCAAAUCCAAGAAGAGGCAGGGCUGGCGCACCUUUCUGGUGGUGCCUGAGCUGGCCCGUGAGCUGCAGGUCUGGACGGAGAAGAGUGAGCUGUUUGAGGAGCUGCGGAGCCUGGAUCUCUUCCUGGCCGAGCUGUACCAGCACUUGGACAGUGGCAGUAGUGAGCGCCCAGACAUCAGCUCCAUCAAGCGUCGGAUCCAGAAAGUCACACAUGAGAUGGACAUGUGCUACGGGAAGAUGGGCAGCCUCUUCCGUUGUGGCUCACGUCAGACACUCUUUGCCAACCAGCUGAUGCGCUACGCAGACCUCUAUGCUGCCUCCUUCAUCAACUUCCUCUAUUACCCCUUCAGCUACCUCUUCCGGGCACCCCCUGUACUGAUGGCCCAUGAGUCAACAGUGGAGCACUCUCGCCCGGACUCGGGGGACAUGGUCGCUGCCCUUCCUCCCUGGCUGGCCCAGCAUGGUGACCCUAGCCAGCAGGUCCCCCAGGACUCGAGUGGGGAGGAGGAAGAUGAUGGAGAAGCCUGAGCACGCCCCCAACUGCUGCCAUGCCUGGUGCCAGACCCACAAGAGGGCCCUGGACCACAUGCACUGCCAAAUCGAAGCCACUCGUGGCCAGCUACCACCUCUGGUGGCCACAGGAUGGCUGGUAGCCCUGACUCAUGGCCCCUGUUACACCUGUCCCUGGGCAGUUGAAACCUUCUCCUGACUGCCUGCUAGCUCCUGCCCUUUUAAUUCAUAUCUGCCUGAUGCCCCUUUAACUCGUACCUCUCCCACCAGCUCAAUGCCCGCCUGGGACCAUCCAAUACCAGGGUGAACAGGCAGUGCCACUGCUGCAGUAUCACUGGAAGCCCCACUGCAGCAGUUGGGGUCCCAGCAGCUCCUGCCCUUUUAGCCUCUGGGUCUAGCCCUGAGCACAGCAAUGCUGAGUGGAGGGGGUGGGGCUGUGGAGGUGACAGCUGUUCCAGUGGAAUCCCCUUCACCUUCUGUUCCCCCUCUUCUUUUUCCUACCUUUUUCUAUUUAUAAAAGAGACUCAAAACUCCUGGCACCACAGACGUAAAAUUGGCUGUUUUAAAGGAAAA